GCACCACCACACACACUCUUCGAGUUGAAAGAGAAAGGAACAAAGUUACUAGUUUUAAUCGAUCCCAGAGAGAGAUGUUGCAGUGUAUAUUUCUUCUUUCAGAUUCUGGGGAGGUAAUGCUAGAAAAACAGUUAAAGGGGCACCGGGUUGAUCGGGCCAUUUGUGAUUGGUUUUGGGAGCAAGCAAUCUCUCAAGGUGAUCCCUUCAAGGUUGCACCUGUAAUUGCUUCACCGACACAUUACCUUUUCCAAAUUGUUCGCGAGGGUAUAACUUUUUUAGCAUGCACCCAAGUUGAAAUGCCACCUUUAAUGGGAAUUGAGUUCCUUUGCAGAGUAGCUGAUGUCCUUUCAGACUAUCUAGGGGGAUUGAAUGAAGAUGUAAUAAAGGACAACUUUGUUAUUGUAUAUGAGCUUCUGGAUGAGAUGAUAGAUAAUGGGUUCCCUCUCACAACAGAGCCUAACAUCCUGAGGGAGAUGAUAGCUCCUCCAAAUAUUGUUAACAAAGUACUGAGUGUUGUCACUGGUAACAGUUCCAACAUGAGCAACAUCCUUCCCGGUGCGACAGCAUCUUGUGUUCCAUGGAGAACAACGGACCUAAAGCAUGCCAACAAUGAAGUUUAUGUUGAUCUUGUUGAAGAAAUGGAUGCAAUUAUAAGCAGGGAUGGGGCCCUGGUGAAAUGCGAGAUAUAUGGUGAAGUUCAAGUAAAUUCCCAUCUCUCAGGUGUUCCUGAUCUGACUCUUUCAUUUGCAAAUCCUUCAAUUUUGAACGAUGUGAGAUUUCAUCCUUCUGUUCGGUUUCGUCCAUGGGAAUCACACCAAAUUCUGUCCUUUGUGCCUCCCGAUGGGCAGUUUAAGCUCAUGAGUUACAGGGUUAAAAAGUUAACAAAUACUCCAAUAUAUGUAAAGCCACAGCUAACCUCGGAUUCUGGGACAUGUCGUGUCAGCGUGUUAGUUGGAAUACGAAGUGACCCUGGAAAGAAAAUUGAUUCAAUAACCGUACAAUUCCAAUUGCCUCCUUGUAUUUUAUCAGCUGAUCUAACUUCAAAUCAUGGAACAGUAAACAUCCUUGCUAAUAAGACUUGCUCUUGGUCCAUUGGAUGCAUCCCAAAAGAUAAAGCCCCUUCAAUGUCUGGGACAUUAGUGCUCGAGACUGGUUUAGAGCGCCUUCAUGUAUUUCCUACAUUUCAAGUGGGCUUCAGGAUCAUGGGUGUUGCUCUUUCUGGCCUGCAAAUAGAUAAACUGGACCUGAAGAGUCUACCUACUCGCCAUUACAAAGGUUUUCGGGCUCUCACACGAGCGGGGGAAUUUGAAGUAAGGUCAUAGUCUCAACCUUUUUGUCGAGACAGGUUCGGCUAGGAGUGAAUAUAUGUGUUAUUACAGUUCAAUUUACUGUUAUAUUUUCAUUCAUAAAGGUGAUUUGGAUGACAUUGAUUCUUUGGAGUGCUUUAGCUGUUUUUCAUAGAAAUCCUUUCCCAAAUUCAUUUCCCUACCUGUCAAAGAAAGAGAACAAGGGAUGAACAGUCUGAAUAGAAGCAAAUGCAUCUUGGAAAUCUAGGAAGGGAACAACAGUCUGUGUCUUUUUUCCUCAAGUUCUGUAAGCUAAAUUUGGUCAAGAGAGAACCUCAAAAUUUAAUUGUGAGGGAUGUGUUCCCCUUUUGAACUCCUCAUUAUUACAAUCUUACUAAUCAAAAAGAUAAAAAAUAAAUAAUAAAUAAUGAUUGUGAAGUCA